ACUAAAUUGAAAAAACUGUUUCUGGCGUUCGAAAAUCAGACUGGAGCCUCGCACUCACUGGCCUUUGUGCUGAUCUUGCAUUUGGACCUCCUUACUGUCUCCCAAACUUCACUGUAAUUCAAAGGGAUUGCACACUCUCCUCGUCUCCAAUGGCAAGGAUAAUCUCAACCCACUCUUUGACUGCAAAAUCCAUUCCUGAGCUCUUCAAAUCUGGAAAGAUAAGUCUUGCACGCAAAGUGUUCGAUGAAAUACCCAACAAGAACAUAGUCUCCUAUUCCUCCAUGAUCUACGGCUGUUCAAGUCAUGGGCUUUUCCAAAAAUCUCUCAAUCUAUUUUCAGAAUUGCAAAAGACAGGAUUCAGCCCCAAUUCUUUCACCUUCGUUGCAAUGUUACUUACUGCGGCGGGCAUCCGUGACUUUUGGCUGGGAGAAACUAUUCAUGGAAGAAUUGUGAAGAGUGGGUGGGAAUCCAAUCCCUUUGUUAGGACAUCAUUGUUAGAUUUCUAUGCUAAGUGUGGGGGUGUUGCCAUUGCAUAUAGCUUGUUUGAAGAAAUGAGCGAACCAAGUUUGGUUAGUUGCAAUGCAAUGAUUUCUGGGUUCGUGCAUAAUGAUCACUAUGAAGAAGCACUAUUGUUGUUUAAAGAAUUGUGGGUGUUUGAUUUGGUUCCCAACUGUGUAACCAUGAUGAGCAUCACUCAGGGUUGUAUCGGCUAUGGCUCGUUUGAACUGUGUGAGAGUAUUCAUGGUUACAUUGUGAAGUCUGGAUUGGAUUGUGAUGUUUCAGUGAUGAAUUCGGUUCUCAACAUGUACUUGAGUUUGGGGAAUCUAGAGAUUGCUAAAGAUUUUUUUGAUAAGAUGGUUGUUUUGGAUGUUGUUUCUUGGACGAGCAUGAUGGGGUUCCUUUUAGAGGUUGAAAACACUAAUGAAGUUCUUAGUAUGUUCAUAAGAAUGAAAGGCAGUGGCAUUUCUCCUGACAUGAUAGCAAUGGUUAAUGUGAUCACAGCUUGCACGCUCCUGGGAGACUUGAGGAGAGGGAGAUCGAUCCAUAACCAAAUUCUAACCGCAGGAAUUGGAUUGGAGCUUCCAAUUGUAAACUCCUUGAUUUCAAUGUAUUCCAAGUGCAAGGAUCUAGAGUCUGCAAAAACAUUAUUUGAUCAUAUUUUCAACAAGAGCUUGGUGUCAUGGUCCGCUAUGAUAUCUGGGUAUGUGCACAAUGAGCAACAUAGUAAAGGUUUCGGAUUGCUUAUUAGGAUGAGAAGAGAAGAAAAUUAUAAUAUUGAUUCAGUCACAUUGGUAAGUUUAUUAGCAUCUUCCUCUAAGAUAGCUAGUCUUGAGCUAUGCAGUCAGCUCCAUGCCUAUGGAAUAAAAUUGGGUUCUGUUCACAUAAUUCCUGUUUCAAAUAGCCUAGUAUCAGCAUAUGGGAAAUGUGGUCAGGUAAGUCUAGCAUUCGAGGUAUUUAAAGAAAUGAACCAUAGAGAUUCAACCUCAUGGAACGCAAUGAUAUCAUCAUAUGGAAUUAAUGGCAAAGGAGAAGAUGCAAUCUAUCUCUUUCAGGACAUGGAGAACUGUGGUGAAGAGCCAGAUAGUUUUACAUAUCUAAAUGUAUUGAAUGCUUGUAGCCACUCGGGAUUGGUGGAUGCUGGAUUAGCCAUUUUUGAGAAAAUGGUCAGAGAGAAAAAGGUUGAUCAAAGAGGAGAGCAUUUUGGGUGUGUUGUUGAUAUGCUCGUGAAG